GUGUUCGCUGCUCGUUUCAAAAUUGCGCUCCAGAAGUAGAAAGCGUGAUGGAUAUUCCUAUAUGCUCCUUGUUUAUCUUUUUAGCAGUUAUAUUGUCAACUGCUUUGUCACAAUCAUGUGAUAAAACUCACUAUGAGCGAUGCUUAAAACAACUUCUGCAGUUCACGGAAAAAGCGGAUCUCUUGUUCGCUACCUCCAUUCACGAUCUCGAGGCAGAAUGCAUCCAAGCACAGUCAGCCUUGGGAUGCCUGACGCGAUACUCCAAGAAAUGCUUAUCUCUAGAAGAAAGACCGAAAUUUAAUGAGGGAAUUGGAGGACCUCAAAAAGUGACGAUGGGUCUCUGCACUGAAGAAACAGACUUAAAAGCAAGAUACAUUCAAAGUCUCCCUUGCCUGAGGAACGCUUCUGAAGGGUUACAGUAUUGCAAAGAGAAGUACGAUCGUAAUCAGAGGGAUAUUAUUCUCGUGGAAUAUGAAGAUAAAACUCAUCUACAGUGCUGUUCCUUUGAUGGCUAUAGACGUUGCCUGAGAAUGGUGAUGGGAAACUCAAGAACAGUGCCGGGAUGGCACAUCUGAAGCUCGUUGACAGCAUUGCUCUGAGGCUGGGUGGCUCACUUUCGGAGGAAGUCUGCUCUGAGUACUUCGAGAAAUGUACUGGUAGCAACACAGCAAGUUUGCAAAGGGCCGCUUCGUUCUUGUCACUCAUUUUAACCUUCUUUUCUGGAAUACUAACUUGUAAAUACGUUUGAAAAGCGUGUUUUUACUGUCAUUUCAUUGUCGGGACUUGUAUAUGUAACAUUGUGGAAGUUGUACAGCCGAUCGUUGCUCUUUUGCUUAAAUGAUUGUCAAGUUUAGUACGAUCAUAAUUCAUUAGCCGCGUUCACAACACACUUUUCGACCCGGUAAAUCCCAGCUCUGGCUCCGCAAAAAAAACGAUUGAAAAAUUCCCCGUUUCCAUGUAAAAAGAGGUUUUCCAUUGUACCACAGAAAACGGUUUUUUACACAGCAUCCUUAGCGGCUAGUAGACGAACUUGUUUUCGCGUAAUGCAUUCUGGGUAAAAUCACGCUUUACUCUCCAGCAGCAAGCAGGAGGAGAAUAAAUUCACAUAUACCCCGCAAAUUACCGGAAUGCGGUGAAAAGCAGGUUUUUUUCCAAGGUCGAAAGUGUCCAUCGAAACGGCUCUAUUGACUAUUAAUCAGGAUCGAGAUGCUGCUUUAUGUUUCGGUUUUAUUUUGCUAGAAUCGACAAAUUUACCUCAAAAAGGGAAUUUUGUGAAUAAUUCAUCGUAGGCGUUGACUAUAGUUGAGCCAAACCUAACCUGGUAGCAUUGUGAAAGCAACGCAGGUCCUAAUAAUCAAAGAAUUACGGCCAGGUUACGUUUGCCCCAAGGAUAGAUGAUCACCGGGUACUUCUCUGGAAAGCAAAUUUUAAAUAGUUCAUUAACUUUCCGCAUUUCAGUGAGAAUUAAUAUUCAUAUUUAAAUACAUUAAAACAGUGUUGUCCAAUCUUUCUUUACCUCAGGCCUACACCUCAUGUCAUCAGGACCAUGCUAAACUAACGAAUGCAAAAAAUCAGGAAUCAGGUUUUUCAAACUCAAUGAUUUUCCAUAAUACUCAAAAAAAGGCUACUUACUGGUUAUAUCUGCAUAAAACGAGUUUUACACUUAAAGUUAUCAAUAAAAAUUUUAACAUUAAAAAUAACUAAACACUUCAGGUGGAAAAAAAAAUAUUGUUUUGGCUCUCCUAAAAAGUGUCAAUUUUCACAUCGGAUAGUUUGGCAUGUUGCCGACGAUGUUAAGAUAAAGGUUCCGGGCCAGAACACUUAUAAAAUUUAAAUAUGUCUAUUUUUUUUCUCUAUAGUGCACGGCUAUACAUGGACAAGGAAAAAAAAUGAACCCGAGAAUUGUUGUUAUCAUUACUACAUGCUUUUUAAAUAAUACAAAGUUUCUAUCUGUUUUGAAUUAAUUGAUGUGAUCUGUUGCUUCGGAAAAGCACAGAACAUAGUUUUCAAUUUGUGAAAUUAACCAAAACAGCGGGCUACAAGAAUCAGAUUCACAGAUCCCACAUGUCCCGCGGGGCCGUAGCUUGGGCACCACUGCAUAACAUAAAUGAGAAAUUAAUAUUGUUACAAAAAGAUUUUUAAUUUGGGUUCUCAUAAAUUUUCAGAAAGUUUUAAGACUAUUGUUUCACUUUUGUUUGAUAUGAGUAAAAAUUUUAUUUAUUGAAAAAUAUUUUGUAGUGUUUCAUUUUUUUUUUUUUUUUUUUGCCAUUUCCCAUCACUUGGAUUCUUGAAAGUUAAGUUCCCGCAGAGCAUUUUUGUUCUGCAGGAAAAUUACUAUUUCUUUAAAUUUUUUCUUUUUCUUUUUUUUUUUUUUUUUUUGUGUGUGUCUUAUCGGUAAUGACAGCUCUGUAUCCUGAACUUAAAUUAUAGAUUAUUAAAUUUUGCUUGGUUGUCUAAUCUAUGAGGGAUGGAACUUACGUAUGGAACACUUAAUUGCGGUAUGAAAACCAAAAAGUUGAUUGAGAUCGCAUGAGAAAUCAAAACAAACUGUAUUCUGUUGUGAUUAUUAAAACUGACGCGAUUAUUAUGUCUUUCAGUUCUUCUAUAUUUAUUAUUUAACAUGAGAGUUAAUGAAAUAGCAGAUUUUCUAUAUUUGUUGGUUAAUAAGAGAGUUAAAAAAAAAGCGGAUUUUUUACAUGAUAUUUUAUUCAUUGCACACUGCUUCAAGAUAAUAAAUCUCCAUGAUGAUUUAUUAUCUACGGGAGAGGUGGAGGACUGGGGGAAGGGAAGUGAACUUUUUUUCUUAUGCUUCUAUCACUGUGUGAAAGAGCUAUAGGAAUUUGUUAAAUAUAUAUAUAUUUUUUCCAAAUUUUCGAAUCGGUUAGAAAUUUUAUAACUGACAUCAAAACUUGGGGGACCAAACUUUGACGUAAAAAAAAAAAGUUUCAAUCAGUAAAAUAUGCGUCUGUUUGCCGCGGAUUGAUUAAUCUGUUUUAAAAUCUGGAUAUAAUCGCGCUUCAUAAAAGAAUAUUUUUAUUCCGCUAUUUUAAACCUUAUAUUAAUUUAGUCAAAAACUAAAUUACACGAAUCUAACUGCGAAAUUUCAACUCCACAAGAAAAGUAAUGUUGAAAUUUCGCUUUAAACAAGGGUUAUUUAAAAAGAAAAGCCUCUGAAUUUUGGGAAAGCGGAUAUAAUAAAAUUCAUGUUAAUAAAUGAGUAAAAACAAGUGAUAUUUAACUUGCAUAUUGAGUUGUCAACGCAUAGUUUGAAUGGUUGCAAUAUGUAAUUGCAAUCUAUUUCAAAAAGAGAGAAAUUGGGAAAUUUUGAUAAAUCAAGUAAUUAUAUUUUGAACAUGGGGUCUGAGAAAUCCUGGUAUUUAAGCAAAUAUUUUUAGUAAUAUUUAUCAAAGUACUUUCAGUUUCUCAACUAUUUUCUGCCUUAUUGAGUACGAAUAUUAUAUUCAGAAUUCAACUAAAUAGCUCUUUUUGCAAGAACUUUCCAUUCGAGAAAUAGAUUUCCGGCGGUCUCUCAUACAGGGUAUUGCAUGUUUUCAACCUCCGAUUUUUGAAGACCCCGAUGCAUACGAAUAAAAUGUCAAAAAUCAAUUUAUUGCCAUAGGAAUCAAUGCGUCCCCCGUUUCCAAAAUUUUUGAACGCGUUUCUUGUGCAUAUUGCUAAAUCGAAAGUAUUAAAAUAGUGUAUCGAAUGUAUUAAAUUAAUACAGUAGACUCUCAUUUUACGCGGGUUUAUUUUUCGCGGUUUCGAUUAUACGCGGUUUAAGAUUUGAUAUCUUUAUUUUAUUUUACGCGGAUGCGGCAUUACAAACAGGUAAAAUUUCCGUCUCUUUCAAAAUCCCAACUCCUGAGAUUGUAGAUGAGAAGUAAUAAUCUGCAUUUUGACGUGCUAAUUAGCGAAUUUUCGCAACUGGGAAAAUUUUUUGCGAUUGGUUUCAGAGCAUUUUCCAGAAGUAAAGUUAUUAAACUCGCACAAUUUAGAAUUCGCCGGAAGAAUUUUUAAAAGUGAGAGACAAAACCAAUGAGAACAUCAAUGACAAAUUUUGAGACAUUCCUGGACAAUGACAAAUGAUCUGAUUUAUUAGUGAAGGAAGAUCUCGUCAUGCAGAUUAAGCGAAUGAUCAUGGAAGCGUUAAUGCCUCACAUCGAAACUAGAGUUUUUUUUUAAUUGUAUGCAAAAAAAAGUAACAUAA